AUGGGGAGCCUGCCCAGCCGGGAGAAGCCGCUCAGCAUCCUGCCAGGGGUUGCUGACUCCAUGCAGCCCCCGCUGCCUACACAGGCAGGUAAGUCCCCCAGCAGCUUCUUGGCCCUCUGCGACUUCCCCUCUGGCACGGGGGCAGCCGUUGUCCUGAGGAUGGGGGAGCAGCUCCGCGUACUCUCUGAGGAUGGGGAGUGGUGGCUGGUGGUGUCUGAGGUGUCUGGCAAGGAGUGUCAUGUCCCCAGCAGCUGCGUGGCCAAGGUCAGGCACAGGUGGUUGUACGAGGGCAUCAGCCGGCAGAAAGCGGAGGAGCUGCUGCUCCAGCCAGGCAACCGCAGCGGGUCCUUCCUGAUAAGGGAGAGCCAGACCAGGCAAGGCUGCUACUCACUGUCAGUGCGCCACAGCGAGCGUGCCUCAUGGGACUCAGUGACACACUACCGCAUCCACCACCUGGAGAACGGCUGGCUCUACAUCUCCCCCCGCCUCACCUUCCCCAGCCUGCAUGACCUGGUGGACCACUACUCUGAGUUCGGAGAGGGGCUGUGCUGCCCCCUCAGGGAGCCCUGCUCCAUGGAAGGGGCGAGGGUGGCCCCAGUCCCUGCCAUGCCUGAUGUCGUGAAGAAGCCAUCACUCAACUGGGACAAGAUCGACAGCUCCCUCCUGUUCUCAGAGGCCGCGUCCCCACCAGAGGACUCUCCCAUCAGCCUGGGCCUGAGGGAAGCCAUCAGCUCCUACCUCCUCCUGACGGAGACAGCCGCCCCCGGGCCUGCGGGGAAGGGGGCGAAGAGCAGCUGA